AUGACAGCCCUGCACCAUUCCGCCCAUCCCUUUUCUCCCAUCCCUUUUCUCCCAUCCCUUUUCUCCCAUCCCUUUUCUCCCAUCCCUUUUCUCCCAUCCCUUUUCUCCCUUCCCUUUUCUCCCAUUCCUUUUCUCCCAUCCCUUUUCUCCCAUCCCUUUUCUCCCAUCCCUUUUCUCCCAUCCCUUUUCUCCCAUCCCUUUUCUCCCAUCCCUUUUCUCCCAUCCCUUUUCUCCCAUCCCUUUUCUCCCAUCCCUUUUCUCCCAUCCCUUUUCUCCCAUCCCUUUUCUCCCAACCCUUUUCUCCCAUCCCUUUUCUCCCAUCCCUUUUCUCCCAUCCCUUUUCUCCCAUCCCUUUUCUCCCAUCCCUUUUCUCCUUCCCUUUUCUCCAUCCUUUUCUCCCAUCCCUUUUCUCCCAUCCCUUUUCUCCCAUCCCUUUCCUCCCAUCCCUUUUCUCCCAUCCUUUUCUCCCAUCCCUUUUCUCCAUCCUUUCUCCUUCCCUUUUCUCCCAUCCCUUUUCUCCCAUCCCUUUUCUCCCAUCCCUUUUCUCCCAUCCCUUUUCUCCCUUCCCUUUUCUCCCAUCCCUUUUCUCCCAUCCCUUUUCUCCCAUCCCUUUUCUCCCUUCCCUUUUCUCCCUUCCCUUUUCUCCCUUCCUUUUUCUCCCUUCCCUUUUCUCCCAUCCCUUUUCUCCCUUCCAUUUUCUCCCAUCCCUUUCUCCCAUCCCUUCUCUCCCAUCCGUUUUCUCCCAUCCCUUUUCUCCCAUCCCUUUUCUCCCUUCCCUUUUCUCCCAUCCCUUUUCUCCCAUCCCUUCUCUCCCAUCCGUUUUCUCCCAUCCCUUUUCUCCCAUCCCUUUUCUCCCUUUCCUUUUCUCCCAUCCCUUUUCUCCCAUCCCUUUCUCCCAUCCCUUUUCUCCCAUCCUUUUCUCCCAUCCCUUUCCUCCCUUCCCUUUUCUCCCAUCCCUUUCUCCCAUCCCUUUUCUCCCAUCCCUUUUCUCCCAUCCCUUUUUUCCCAUCCCUUUUUUCCCUUCCCUUUUCUCCCUUCCCUUUUCUCCCAUCCCUUUUCUCCCAUCCCUUUUCUCACAUCCCUUUUCUCCCAUCCCUUUUCUCCCAUCCCUUUUCUCCCUUCCCUUUUCUCCCAUCCCUUUUCUCCCUUCCCUUUUCUCCCUUCCCUUUUCUCCCAUCCCUUUUCUCCCAUCCCUUUUCUCCCUUCCCUUUUUCCCACCCCUUUUCUCCCUUCCCUUUUCUCCCUUCCCUUUUCUCCCUUCUCUUUUCUCCCUUCCUUUUUCUCCCAUCCCUUUUCUCCCAUCCCUUCUCUCCCAUCCGUUUUCUCCCAUCCCUUUUCUCCCAUCCCUUUUCUCCCAUCCCUUUUCUCCCUUCCCUCUUCUCCCAUCCCUUUUCUCCCAUCCCUUCUCUCCCAUCCGUUUUCUCCCAUCCCUUUUCUCCCAUCCCUUUUCUCCCAUUCCUUUUCUCCCAUCCCUUUUCUCCCAUCCCUAUCUCCCAUCCCUUUUCUCCCAUCCCUUUUCUCCCAUCCCUUUUUUCCCAUCCCUUUUUUCCCUUCCCUUUUCUCCCUUCCCUUUUCUCCCAUCCCUUUUCUCCCAUCCCUUUUCUCACAUCCCUUUUUCCCAUCCCUUUUCUCCCAUCCCUUUUCUCCCAUCCCUUUUCUCCCUUCCCUUUCUCCCAUCCCUUUUCUCCCAUCCCUUUUCUCCCAUCCUUUUCUCCCAUCCCUUUUCUCCAUCCCUUUUCUCCCAUCCCUUUUCUCCCAUCCCUUUUCUCCCAUCCCUUUUCUCCCAUCCCUUUUCUCCCAUCCCUUUUCUCCCAUCCCUUUUCUCCCAUCCCUUUUCUCCCAUCCCUUUUCUCCCAUCCCUUUUCUCCCAUCCCUUUUCUCCCAUCCCUUUUCUCCCUUCCCUUUUCUCCCAUCCCUUUCUCCCAUCCCUUUUCUCCCAUCCCUUUUCUCCAUCCCUUACCUCCCAUCCCUUUUCUCCCAUCCCUUUUCUCCCAUCCCUUUUCUCCCAUCCCUUUUCUCCCUUCCCUUUUCUCCCAUCCCUUUUCUCCCAUCCCUUUUCUCCCAUCCCUUUUCUCCCAUCCCUUUUCUCCCUUCCCUUUUCUCCCAUCCCUUUUCUCCCAUCCCUUUUCUCCCAUCCCUUGUCUCCUUCCCUUUUCUCCCUUCCCUUUUCUCCCUUCCCCUUUCUCCCUUCCCUUUUCUCCCUUCCCUUUUCUCCCAUCCCUUUUCUCCCAUCCCUUUUCUCCCAUCCCUUUUCUCCCAUCCCUUUCCUCCCAUCCCUUUUCUCCCAUCCCUUUUCUCCCAUCCCUUUUCUCCCAUCCCUUUUCUCCCUUCCCUUUUCUCCCAUCCCUUUUCUCCCAUCCCUUUUCUCCCAUCCCUUUUCUCCCAUCCCUUUUCUCCCUUCCCUUUUCUCCAUCCCUUUUCUCCCAUCCCUUUUCUCCCAUCCCUUGUCUCCCUUCCCUUUUCUCCCUUCCCUUUUCUCCCUUCCCUUUUCUCCCUUCCCUUUUCUCCCAUCCCUUUUCUCCCUUCCCUUUUCUCCCAUCCCUUUUCUCCCAUCCCUUCUCUCCCAUCUGUUUUCUCCCAUCCCUUUUCUCCCAUCCCUUUUCUCCCAUCCCUUUUCUCCCUUCCCUUUUCUCCCAUCCCUUUUCUCCCAUCCCUUCUCUCCCAUCCGUUUUCUCCCAUCCCUUUUCUCCCAUCCCUUUUCUCCCAUUCCUUUUCUCCCAUCCCUUUUCUCCCAUCCCUUUCUCCCAUCCCUUUUCUCCCAUCCCUUUUCUCCCAUCCCUUUCCUCCGUUCCCUUUUCUCCCAUCCCUUUCUCCCAUCCCUUUUCUCCCAUCCCUUUUCUCCCAUCCCUUUUUUCCCAUCCCUUUUUUCCCUUCCCUUUUCUCCCUUCCCUUUUCUCCCAUCCCUUUUCUCCCAUCCCUUUUCUCACAUCCCUUUUUCCCAUCCCUUUUCUCCCAUCCCUUUUCUCCCAUCCCUUUUCUCCCUUCCCUUUUCUCCCAUCCCUUUUCUCCCAUCCCUUUUCUCCCAUCCCUUUUCUCCCAUCCCUUUUCUCCCAUCCCUUUUCUCCCAUCCCUUUUCUCCCAUCCCUUUUCUCCCAUCCCUUUUCUCCCAUCCCUUUUCUCCCAUCCCUUUUCUCCCAUCCCUUUUCUCCCAUCCCUUUUCUCCCAUCCCUUUUCUCCCAUCCCUUUUCUCCCAUCCCUUUUCUCCCAUCCCUUUUCUCCCUUCCCUUUUCUCCCAUCCCUUUUCUCCCAUCCCUUUUCUCCCAUCCCUUUUCUCCCAUCCCUUUCCUCCCAUCCCGUUUCUCCCAUCCCUUUUCUCCCAUCCCUUUUCUCCCAUCCCUUUUCUCCCUUCCCUUUCUCCCAUCCCUUUUCUCCCAUCCCUUUUCUCCCAUCCCUUUUCUCCCAUCCCUUUUCUCCCUUCCCUUUUCUCCCAUCCCUUUUCUCCCAUCCCUUUUCUCCCAUCCCUUGUCUCCCUUCCCUUUUCUCCCUUCCCUUUUCUCUCUUCCCUUUUCUCCCUUCCCUUUUCUCCCAUCCCUUUUCUCCCAUCCCUUUUCUCCCAUCCCUUUUCUCCCAUCCCUUUUCUCCCAUCCCUUUCCUCCCAUCCCUUUUCUCCCAUCCCUUUUCUCCCAUCCCUUUUCUCCCAUCCCUUUUCUCCCUUCCCUUUUCUCCCAUCCCUUUUCUCCCAUCCCUUUUCUCCCAUCCCUUUUCUCCCAUCCCUUUUCUCCCUUCCCUUUUCUCCCAUCCCUUUUCUCCCAUCCCUUUUCUCCCAUCCCUUGUCUCCCUUCCCUUUUCUCCCUUCCCUUUUCUCCCUUCCCUUUUUCUCCCUUCCCUUUUCUCCCAUCCCUUUUCUCCCUUCCCUUUUCUCCCAUCCCUUUUCUCCCAUCCCUUCUCUCCCAUCUGUUUUCUCCCAUCCCUUUUCUCCCAUCCCUUUCCUCCCAUCCCUUUUCUCCCUUCCCUUUUCUCCCAUCCCUUUUCUCCCAUCCCUUUUCUCCCUUCCCUUUUCUCCCAUCUCUUUUCUCCCAUCCCUUUUCUCCCAUUCCUUUUCUCCCAUCCCUUUUCUCCCAUCCCUUUCUCCCAUCCCUUUUCUCCCAUCCCUUUUCUCCCAUCCCUUUCCUCCGUUCCCUUUUCUCCCAUCCCUUUCUCCCAUCCCUUUUCUCCCAUCCCUUUUCUCCCAUCCCUUUUUUCCCAUCCCUUUUUUCCCUUCCCUUUUCUCCCUUCCCUUUUCUCCCAUCCCUUUUCUCCCAUCCCUUUUCUCACAUCCCUUUUCUCCCAUCCCUUUUCUCCCAUCCCUUUUCUCCCUUCCCUUUUCUCCCAUCCCUUUUCUCCCUUCCCUUUUCUCCCUUCCCUUUUCUCCCAUCCCUUUUCUCCCUUCCCUUUUCUCCCAUCCCUUUUCUCCCAUCCCUUUCCUCCCUUCCCUUUUCUCCCUUCCCUGUUCUCCCAUCCCUUUUCUCCCAUUCCUUUUCUCCCAUCCCUUUUCUCCCAUCCCUUUCUCUCAUCCCUUUUCUCCCAUCCCUUUUCUCCCAUCCCUUUCCUCCCUUCCCUUUUCUCCCAUCCCUUUCUCCCAUCCCUUUUCUCCCAUCCCUUUUCUCCCAUCCCUUUUCUCCCAUCCCUUUUCUCCCAUCCCUUUUCUCCCAUCCCUUUCUUCCAUCCCUUUUCUCCCAUCCCUUUUCUCCCUUCCCUUUUCUCCCUUCCCUUUUCUCCCAUCCCUUUUCUCCCUUCCCUUUUCUCCCUUCCCUUUUCUCCCUUCCCUUUUCUCCCAUCCCUUUUCUCCCAUCCCUUUUCUCCCAUCCCUUUUCUCCCAUCCCUUUUCUCCCAUCCCUUUCCUCCCUUCCCUUUUCUCCCAUCCCUUUUCUCCCAUCCCUUCUCUCCCAUUCCUUCUCUCCCAUCCGUUUUCUCCCAUCCGUUUUCUCCCAUCCCUUUUCUCCCAUCCCUUUUCUCCCAUCCCUUAUCUCCCAUCCCUUUCUCCCAUCCCUUUUCUCCCAUCCCUUUUCUCCCUUCCCUUUUCUCCCAUCCCUUUUCUCCCAUCCCUUUUCUCCCAUCCCUUUUCUCCCUUCCCUUUUCUCCCUUCCCUUUUCUCCCAUCCCUUUUCUCCCAUCCCUUUUCCCACAUCCCUUUUCUCCCAUCCCUUUUCUCCCAUCCCUUUUCUCCCUUCCCUUUUCUCCCAUCCCUUUUCUCCCUUCCCUUUUCUCCCUUCCCUUUUCUCCUAUCCCUUUUCUCCCUUCCCUUUUCUCCCAUCCCUUUUCUCCCUUCCCUUUCUCCCUUGCACUCAUCCCGCACGUGCAUGUGCGGGUCCACAUUGGCUCAGCUGCCCUCAACGACUGCAAUGGGCGGCAGCAGCAGGGGCAGCGCUAUCCUCCACCUACCCACCUCUCUCUCCCCCCAACCCCGCACUCACUCGUGAGGCGAGAGCCGGUGUGGAUUGGCCCAGCUGCCCUCACAGUCUUGCAAUGGGCAUAG